CAAACGUAUAAUUCAGUUUCUGCUUGGGGCUCGAUGUGGUAAAAGGAUAGAGCCAAUGAUGAAACUGGCUGCAACAUAAACACAACACAAUAACACGCUGAAAUGUCGACCCUACUGCGUAGACACCACAAGCUGCAAUUUCUGAUCUAACAUGGCGUCGGAGACUUUUCGUCUUCUUUCAUUUAGCUGGCAUGCUAGCUAGUUAGCAUGAUGUGCUAUGGCUAACGUUAACUACCAGCACAGGGUCUCCAACUGCCAAUAGCCUGGUUGUGUAACGUUAAUCAUGUAUACGUUGCUACUACUGUUUUAUCUAUCUUGUUGCCUAGCCACUUUACCCCUACCUGUAUGUACAUAUCUACUUCAAUAACCUCGUACCCCUGCACAUUGACUCGUAUGAGCACGGGGGAAGAUGAGGACUCGGUGACCCUGGAGUCUGUCAACUCUGUCACUCUCACCCAGGACAGCGACGGCAGCAUCAUACUACACUGUCCUCCACACGAGGGAGACGAGAGCUUCGAGGUGACUAUGACCACCACCGCCGACAGUGACAUUACAGAAGAGGGUGUGGCCCAGAUACAGAUCUUGCAGAGCUCUGAUCCUCAGAACAGUGAAGAGAUAUCUCCUGUCAGCCAGGCCUGGUUCACCACCAAGGAGGAUAAAGACACACUGGUUAACAAAGGUCAUAAGUGGAAACAAGGCAUGUGGUCUAAAGAGGAGAUAGACCUGCUGAUGAGCAACAUCCAACACUAUGUGAAGGGUCGGGGGAUGGAGGACCCAGCUGAGAUCAUCUUUGAGAUGUCUAAGGAGGAGCGUAAGGAUUUCUACCGCAGCGUGGCCUGGGGUUUGAACCGGCCGCUGUUCGCCGUCUACCGACGAGUCCUCCGCAUGUACGAUAACCGCAACCAUGUGGGCAAGUACUCUCCUGAGGAGAUCAACAAGCUGAAAGAGCUGAGACAGAAGCAUGGUAAUGACUGGGCCACCAUAGGAGCCGCUCUGGGCCGCAGCGCCUCGUCUGUUAAGGACCGCUGUCGACUAAUGAAGGACACCUGCAACACAGGUCAGACACUGGAUCCUGGGGGGUUUAUGAUUCAGGAAGCAGGUCAGACACUGUAUCCUGGGGGGUUUAUGAUUCAGGAAGCAGGUCAGACACUGUAUCCUGGAGGGUUUAUGAUUCAGGAAGCAGGUCAGACACUGUAUCCUGGAGGGGUUAUGAUUCAGGAAGCAGGUCAGACACUGUAUCCUGGAGGGUUUAUGAUUCAGGAAGCAGGUCAGACACUUUAUCCUGGAGGGUUUAUGAUUCAGGAAGCAGGUCAGACACUGUAUCCUGGAGGGUUUAUGAUUCAGGAAGCAGGUCAGAUACUUUAUCCUGGAGGGUUUAUGAUUCAGGAAGCAGGUCAGACACUGUAUCCUGGAGGGUUUAUGAUUCAGGAAGCAGGUCAGAUACUUUACCCUGGAGGGUUUAUGAUUCAGGAAGCAGGUCAGAUACUUUAUCCUGGAGGGUUUAUGAUUCAGGAAGCAGGUCAGAUACUUUAUCCUGGGGGGUUUAUGAUUCAGGAAGCAGGUCAGACACUGUAUCCUGGGGGGUUUAUGAUUCAGGAAGCAGGUCAGACACUGUAUCCUGGAGGGUUUAUGAUUCAGGAAGCAGGUCAGAUACUUUAUCCUGGAGGGUUUAUGAUUCAGGAAGCAGGUCAGACACUUUAUCCUGGAGGGUUUAUGAUUCAGGAAGCAGGUCAGAUACUUUAUCCUGGAGGGUUUAUGAUUCAGGAAGCAGGUCAGAUACUUUAUCCUGGAGGGUUUAUGAUUCAGGUAGUAGAGAGGCAGGCAGAUCAGUUAUCCAUGAAGUGUAAGCAAGGGAUAGUGGAGUUGGAUGUGGAUGAUGAGAAUGAGUUGAAGUGGGAGGAGCUAGCGGGAGGGUGGAGCAGUGUUCGCUCUCCUCAGUGGCUCAGAUCUAAGUGGUGGAGCAUCAAGAGACAAGUAGCCAAUCACAAGGAACUGCCCUUCCACGUGUUACUGAAGGGUCUUCAGGAGUUGAUGGAGACUCAGGUGCCGUUAGGGGCGGGCACUGGGCCAGGUAGCCCUUCCCCUUCCCUGCAGAUCCGAGUCACGCGAUUGGAGGAGUGCUGUAGCUCCGCCCCCCGUCCCGUCACAGCACUGCAGAUCCCACUGCAGAUCACACACCUGGCCUCAGACAGUGCUGGUGCCAGUGACACAGAGACCAUCACCCUCAACACUGCUGCUCUGCAGACCUUACAGAUCCUACCUUCUUUCCACCUGCACCCUACAGGGACUCCAGGGACGUACUUCCUUCAGACAGCAGCCAAUCAGAGCCUGCCGCUCAGUCUUUCCAGCAAUCCCACCGUCACACUGACAGCCAGCUCCUCCCCGUCGUCCCCAGAACACAUCAUCCUACACAGCCUCUCAACGGAGGGUCUUUGUUCCAAUGACAGCGUCAUCAUUCAGACGGUCACCUCUGACCACACCUCUCCAGAGCCUCUUUGCCAAUCACAGCUGGUUGUGGAGAUGCAGGGGGAGGAGCCAGAGCAGAACUUCCUGAUUGGUUCCUCAGAAGACGGAGCCACCGAGACUCCGGAGCCAAUGACAGACAGCUUUACUGCCAAGGUCCUGGACUCUCCCUCUCAGGAGGAGCAUUCUGGGAUAGCGAAGGGGGCGGUGCUUAUCGUUUCUCCUACAAAUGUCAGCAGCACACUUACAGAUCUGAUCCUAGAGAACCAGGAUGGCUCUGACUGAGCUGGAUAACAUCAUCACUGAUGGAGCCAAUCAAACAGCAGAGUGGACAUGUCAUCAUUUUGGACAUUAUUUCUGAUUGGCUGAGUUGGCCAUUAAGCCCCUCCCUUUUAAAUGUUCUCUUGGGUAUGGCAGUAAUACACCUAAUACUGGUAUGUACACCGCCAUCAAACCCCAACAAAGAAGAAGUUCUCUUGGGUCAGAGGUGAGACUAUGACAUCAUCAUGGGUUCCUGUGGGGGCCGGCCUACUGACCACACAGAGAACAGGACAGAUCCUCAUUCAUCUGACACUGUGAAUUAUAUCUGCAUUUAGUUUAUUUAUGUGUAAUAAAAACUCCCACAGUUGCUAGU